AAGGUGGAAUAUAAGGAAAGAGAGAAAAAAAGAAAAUAAGUGAGAAAUUGAUAAUGUCUUCUCUCUCUUUAAUUGUGUUUUUAUUUUCUUCUCUUUCCUUUAUCUUCUUCUGCUUUCUCGACAAUGGUUUCGCCGGCGCCGACGAGAUUGCCGGCGGUCGGCACCUUAUCAGUGUCGCCUCUCUUAUUCCGGCGACCACUUGCUCUUCUUCUAUGCCCAAAGUUGCCGACGACCGGAAGUCAUCGUCGGCAAAGGUAGUUCACCGGAACGGUCCAUGUUCAAAGUUAACAAACAAUAACAAAGCAACCUUGAAUGAGUUCUUGAUUCAAGACGAAUCACGAGUCAAAUCAAUCCAUUCUCGAGCCAAAAUCAACUCGGCAAGCAAAACCAAUACUCCUCUUCAAGACACCGAUUCAAUUUCAAUUCCAGCAAAAUCCGGUUUCAGUCUCGGCACCAGAAACUUCAUAGUAACCGUCGGUCUCGGCACUCCAAAACGCGAUCUCUCCUUAAUCUUCGACACCGGCAGCGAUCUAACCUGGACUCAAUGUCAACCAUGUGCAGGUAGUUGUUACUCACAACAAGAACCAAUAUUCGAUCCAUCUCUUUCAAAAUCAUACAAAAACGUCUCAUGUUCAUCACCUCAAUGCUCCGCUUUAAUCUCAGCCACCGGGAAACAACCUCGCUGUUUAUCCUCAACCAAUACCUGUACCUACGGUAUUCAAUACGGCGAUCGAUCGUUAUCUGUUGGUUAUUUGGCUACCGAAACCCUAACCCUAUCUCCAACUGACAUUUUCCCCAAUUUAUACUUCGGAUGUGGAGAAAACAAUCGAGGCCUCUUCAACGGCGCCGCCGGACUAAUCGGACUCGGCCGGGAUCCUCUCUCACUCGUAUCACAAACCGCCGGAAAAUACGGUAAAUACUUCUCAUACUGCUUACCUUCUUCAAGCUCAACCGGUCAUCUAACAUUCGGAAAAGGGAAAUCGAAUUUCGCGAAUGCGAAAUUCACAUCGUUAAGUUCAAAUUCACAGUUACCAUCAUUCUACUUCAUCGAUAUAAUCGGGAUUAAAGUUGGAUUGAAGAUCUUACCGAUAUCCAGAUCCGUAUUCACUAACUCCGGCGGGACUAUCAUAGAUUCCGGCACUGUGAUAACUAGGUUACCGCCUACAGCUUAUACAGCAUUGAAAACGGAAUUCAGGAAGCAAAUGUCGGAUUAUAAUUUGACGAAUCCGCGUACUUUACUUGAUACAUGUUACGAUUUCAGUUCUUAUAAAUCGAUUCUUGUUCCGAAAAUUAGUUUCUUCUUCGCCGGAAACGUUGAGUUAUCGGUGCCGCCGAACGGAAUAUUUUUUCCGGCGAGUACGGCUCAGAUGUGUUUGGGUUUCGCCGGAAAUACGGAUGAUACGAGUUUGGGUGUUUUUGGUAAUGUUCAGCAACAGACUUUGGAAGUGAUUUAUGAUGUCGCCGGAGGGAAACUCGGAUUUGCUGCCGGCGGUUGUUCUUAGGACAUGUUUAAUUUCGUUUUAUGAUCAUAUUCAAUAAAUAUCGUGGUAAAAUAUAUUUCAUUUAAAAGCA